AUGAUCGAGGUGUGCGCGGCGCUGUCGCGGGGCCCGGCCUUCCUGGCCGGGGAGGCGCUGGAGUGCCUCGUCACCCUCCGCAACCCGCGGCCCCCCGACGCCACCCCCGACGCCAGUGAGAUGCUGGCGUGGGCGAGCGCCCAGAUCCACUGCCAGUUCCACGCCAGUGAAAGCCGAGUGGCCCUCCCCCCGCCAGACAACAGCCGCCAUGACGUGCAAGCCGAGAGUGAGACUGUCUUUGUCCCCAACAGAGGUGAGCGGGGCCAGUGCAUCCUGUCGACGCCUCCCAAGAUCCUCUUCUGUGACUUGCGGCUGGAUCCUGGCGAGUCCAAAACCUACUCCUACUGUGAGACGCUGCCGGUGGACGGGCCGCCCUCCUUCCGGGGCCAGGCGGUGAAGUAUGUCUACAAGCUGACCAUCGGCUGCCAGCGGGUCAAUUCGCCCAUCAAGCUUCUGCGCGUCCCCUUCCGCGUGCUGGUGCUUCAUGGACUCCAGGACUACCAGUUCCCGCAGGACGAGGCGGUGGCCCCCUCCAACCCCUUCCUGGAGGAGGACGAAGAAGGGGCCAAGAAGGACUCCCGGCUGGCGGACUUGGCCUCGGAGCUGCUGAUGGCGGCCACGUCACGGCGCAGCCUGCACCUGUACAACAUCAGCAAUUCCCGGGGCAAGGUGGCUUCCUUUUGCAUCUUCAAGACUGUCUACAAGAUUGGGGAGGACGUUGUUGGGACAUUCGACUUCUCUGCGGGGGACAUCCCGUGCUUGCAGUACUCGGUGAACCUGCAGACAGAGGAGCGAGUCCAGGAAGCCUUCCAGCGGCGGCGCGGACAGCCGGUCUCCUACGGGACCCACGCCCGCCACCAGGAGUCCUGCCUGCACACCUCCCAAACCAGCUUCAGCCUGCCCAUUCCGCUCAGCUCUGCACCGGGAUUCAGCACCAAUAUUGUGACCCUGAAGUGGCGACUGCGCUUUGAGUUUGUGACGGCCCGGGAAGCGGCGGAGGAGCUGCGUGGGGGGGCCUCCGGGGGCCAAGCAGGAGCCGUCAGCUGGACGGGGGUGGAGCAGAUGGACGUGGACACCUUCAGCUGGGACCUGCCCAUCAAAGUGCUGCCCACCAACCCCCUCCUGGCCUCGUACGUCUCCCAGUUCCCCAGCACCAAUACCCUCACCAUCUGA